GAAGCAAGACCCAUGGACUUACUUCACCAAGGAGAAAAAGUAAAACAAACUAAGACCAGAUGGGCAAGCUGCCGGGACCAGUUCCGGAGGGAGGUCACCAGCAAAGGCCGGAGCGGUGAGGGCCCAUCGCGCAAACGGCCUUACAUAUAUACCCCACAGCUUCAAUUUUUAAGGCCAGUUAUGGAUUUGAGGCCUACUGUGGACAGUCUGGAAGCCUCGGAGGAAUCCGACACAGCCGGGAGUGAAACCCCUGCGGUCUUCUCCCCCGCCACAAGUCCCGCUGCAACGCCAAUUGAGGACCCUGAGGACUCGGCACAGGGCCAGGACCCACUCCCACUGGCUAGUCCACCUCGUCAUGUCCAGCCCCAGCCAAGACGGCGCCGCCAAGUCCCUCCCUCUUCCUCUGGGCCAGAGAGUCGGGAAGCAAUUGAUGCCCGAGUCAUUGAUUUUCUGGCCCAGAGGAGGAGUGAUGGCAAGGAGGAGAAAAUGUUGAGGGGACUCGGGCCGCUACUGCAGCAGGUCCCUGCGAAUGAGCAGCCAGACUGCAUGGCUUGCUUAAACAUGGUGAUCAAAAUGUUUAUUUGCCCCAACCAUGGAGACCUCAUUGGGCCAUUAAAUGCGUUGAAACUCAACAUUGAAAAUGCAGGCCAGCAGCCAAAUCCUGCGCCAUAUUCAUUCCCUCCCCAACCCACCCAAGAUUAUUUUCAUUGCCAGUGUUUUGGGUGA